AUGGAAGCGAAGAUUCGCAAAGAGCUUGAGGGAAUCGAGGAAGUAAAAAAUGAGCUGAGGCGGACAUUGUCGCAGGGCUUAGGCGAUCUAGAGAAUGUUUACUUCGAGGAGAACGCGUAUCACGAGACCCUCUAUAAUCAUGAUCAACCAGAGGUUGAAAUGCACUUUAAAAGUAUAUUAGAUGCCGAAAUGAGCCUGGAUAAAGGGGAGCUGUUGAAAUCACUCAAACAAGAGAAGAACAAAAUGCGUUCUCACUACGCCAAUAAGCACAAGUUAGUAGAGCACCAUUUCGCGCUGGAAAUCGUUGACAUGGAACAGAGGUUCAAACAGCAAAAGAACGAUUUGAUGAACAUUUUAGAAGGGAAAAGUCGGACAUGGAAAAGGGCUUUAUUAAAGAAAAGGAAGACAUCAGACGUAAAUUCGAGGUGGAAUUUCGCAGAAUACUUCAGCAACAGAGGCUGA